AUGGAGAGCUUAGCACAGCUGGAAGCUUUGUGUGAGAGACUCUACAAUUCACAAGACUCAGUUGAAAGAGCCCAUGCUGAAAACACCCUUAAAGUCUUUUCUGCAAAUACCGAUUACAUUUCACAGUGUCAAUACAUAUUGGACAAUGCUUCAACUCCUUAUGCAUUGAUGCUAGCUAGUUCAAGUCUUUUGAAGCAAGUGACUGAGCAUACACUAUCACUGCAGCUGCGUCUUGAUAUAAGAAACUACAUCAUUACCUAUUUGGCAAAAAGGGGACAUGAACUUCAGCCAUAUGUGAUCGGAUCUUUAAUCCAGCUCUUGUGUCGGGUGACAAAGUUUGGUUGGUUUGAUGAUGAUAGGUUCAGAGAUGUAGUCAAAGACUCCACAAAUUUUUUGAUCCAGGCAUCACCCGAACAUUGUUCUAUUGGUUUAAAGAUACUAAAUCAGCUUGUUAGUGAGAUGAAUCAGCCAAAUCCGGGGUUGCCUUCUACACAUCAUAGGAGAGUUGCAUGCUCCUUUAGGGAUCAAUGUCUUUUUCAAGUUUUCCAAAUAUCUCUUACUUCACUGCAACAGCUGAAAACCGAUGUUGGAAGCCGGUUGCCUGAGUUGGCACUUACUCUGGCAUUAAAAUGUUUAUCAUUUGAUUUUGUUGGAACAUCAAUUGAUGAAAGCUCAGAUGAAUUUGGCACUGUUCAGAUUCCAUCUGGAUGGAAGCCUGUUUUAGAAGAUCCUUCAACACUACAAAUAUUUUUUGAUUACUAUGCAAUCACAAAGCCUCCAUUGUCCAAAGAGGCUCUUGAAUGCUUAGUGAGAUUGGCUUCAGUAAGGCGAUCUUUAUUCUCAAAUGAUGCUGCACGUUCUAAGUUCUUGGCCCAUUUAAUGACUGGAUCCAAAGAGAUCCUACAAGCAGGGCAAGGUCUUGCUGAUCAUGAUAAUUACCAUGAGUAUUGUCGUCUUCUUGGACGUUUUAGAGUAAACUAUCAGCUAUCAGAACUUGUAAAUGUUGAAGGCUACAGUGAUUGGAUACGUUUGGUUGCAGAGUUUACUUUGAAAUCAUUGCAGUCAUGGCAGUGGGCUAGUAGCAGUGUAUACUAUCUUUUAGGGCUGUGGUCAAGAUUAGUGACAUCUGUACCCUACUUGAAAGCUGAUGCACCUAGUCUUCUUGAUGAGUUUGUGCCCAAAAUUAGUGAAGGUUUUAUCACAUCAAGAUUUGAUUCUGUACAGGCUACUCCUCAAGAUGAUCUCUCUGAAAACCCUCUUGACAAUGUGGAGCUUCUUCAAGACCAACUUGAGUGCUUUCCAUAUCUUUGCAGAUUUCAGUAUGAAAGAAGUAGUUUGUUUAUCAUAAACAUUUUGGAGCCAAUCCUACAACUCUAUACGGAAAGGGCACAGCAUCAGAUUAGUGAUAAAAAUGAACUAUCUGUCAUUGAAGCUAAAUUAGCUUGGAUAGUUCAUAUUGUGGCAGCUAUAUUAAAGAUUAAACAGUGUAGUGGUUGCAGCACGGAUUCCCAAGAAGCUAUUGAUGCAGAAUUAUCAGCUCGUGUUUUGCGUAUUAUAAAUGCCACUGAUAGUGGAUUACAUAGUCAGAGAUAUGGUGAACUAAGCAAACAGAGACUUGACCAAGCAAUUUUGACUUUCUUCCAACACUUCAGAAAGUCUUAUGUAGGCGAUCAAGCUAUGCAUUCUUCUAAGCAGCUUUAUGGUCGACUAUCUGAGCUGCUUGGACUUAAUGAUCAUACUCAGGCGUUAAAUUUGAUUGUUGGAAAAAUAGCAACAAACCUCAAGUGUUACACAGAGAGUGAGGAAGUUAUUGGUCACACCUUAAGUCUGUUUUUGGAACUUGCAUCUGGAUAUUCAUCAGGAAAGCUACUUAUGAAGUUGGACACAGUCAAAUUCAUUGUUGCAAAUCAUACAAGGGAACACUUUCCAUUCUUGCAUGAAUAUAGAUGCUCACGUAGUAGAACAACAUUUUAUUACACUAUUGGUUGGUUAAUUUUCAUGGAAGACAGCCCUGUUAAAUUCAAGUCUUCAAUGGAUCCACUAUUACAGGUUUUUAUCAAUUUGGAGUCGAUCCCUGAUACUAUGUUUCGUACUGACACUGUAAAAUAUGCAUUAAUUGGAUUAAUGAGGGAUUUAAGAGGAAUUGCAAUGGCUACUAAUAGCCGAAGAACAUAUGGACUUUUGUUUGAUUGGUUAUAUCCUGCUCACAUGCCAAUCCUUUUAAAAGGCAUCUCACAUUGGGCUGACACACCUGAGGUUACUACACCACUGUUGAAAUUUAUGGCUGAAUUUGUUUUAAACAAGGCUCAACGUUUAACAUUUGAUUCCUCUUCUCCUAAUGGGAUCCUUCUUUUUAGAGAAGUUAGUAAGCUUCUUGUUGCAUAUGGAUCAAGAAUCUUAACUUUCCCUAAUGCUGCUGAUAUCUAUGCCUUCAAAUACAAAGGGAUAUGGAUUGCAUUGACUGUUCUUUCAAGGGCCUUGUCUGGAAACUAUGUAAAUUUUGGGGUGUUUGAACUAUAUGGAGAUAGAGCUCUUGCUGAUGCACUUGAUAUUUCUCUAAAAAUGACACUAUCAGUUCCUUUAGCAGAUAUUUUGGCUUACAGGAAGCUUACAAAGGCAUAUUAUGCAUUUUUGGAGGUUCUAUUCAACAGCCAUAUUGUUUACAUGUUGAACCUUGAUACAAACACUUUCAUGCAUAUAGUUGGGUCACUUGAAUCCGGAUUAAAAGGCCUUGAUACUAGCAUCUCCACUCAGGCUGCAUCAGCAGUUGAUAAUUUGGCUGCUUACUAUUUCAACAACAUCACCAUUGCGGAGGCAGCAACUUCACCUGCUGCUGUCAACCUCGCUCGCCAUAUUGCAGAGGGCCCCACAUUGUUCCCAGAAAUACUGAAGACGCUGUUUGAGAUUGUUUUGUUUGAAGACUGUGGGAAUCAGUGGAGCCUUAGUAGACCAAUGCUCAGUUUGAUACUAAUCAAUGAACAGAUAUUUUUGGAUCUGAAAGCUCAUAUUUUAGGCUCACAGCCAGUGGAUCAACAUCAGAGGCUGUCAUUAUGCUUCGAUAAACUAAUGGCGGACAUUUCAAGAAGCUUGGAUUCCAAGAACCGAGACAAGUUUACACAAAAUUUGACAAUAUUUAGACACGACUUCCGUGUCAAGUAAAACCAAACAUGUCUUGUCUCAUCUCCUCCUAGGUUUGUUUUGUUUUGGUUUCAUGUGUCAAUCAAUCAAUCACGUGUAUAGAAGAAGAAAAAAGAAACAUUAUUAUUAAAAAAAUGUCAGAAAUGAUGUUUGCAUUGCAAGGAAGGUCAUGUAGUAAGUAAGUAGUGUUGUUUAUUGUUUGGACCCAGCUUUGGUACGUACAUAAAGCCCUCAUAUAACAUUAUGGGAAAAUGGGAUAAAAAACUAGUUUG